UAAACUACGUCAUGUCCGAUUCUUCAACCCAAUCCACUCAUAAGCAUCGUAACGGUAGAGAUGGCGACCAGGAUAUCUUAUGCUACAUAGCCAAAGUGAUGUUUUUUAAACGGCCCAACGGACACAAAGUUCACCCAGUUGUUUCCACAUUAGCUGGAUAAUCGGACACUAUGGAGGAACCGUGGGACUUUGAGUUUUUGUCACGCAUCGCUGACAGCUGCUUAUCGUUUCUCUCCGAGUUUGUGGACGACUGGCUCGCCAACGAUAUGAGAGUCUCCAUAUUCAAGAUCUUACUAAGCUGGUUAAUUUUUAGUCUUGUCGCAAUUCACUUUGCAUGGAAAGUCUACGGGAAUACAGUGAACGAUAUGUAUUACCGACAGGGGACUGGGCAGAACGGAGGCACACCUGACACAGCACCUCACCUGAGUGGAUGGGAAAGUAAAGCAGGCGAUACUCUGAAGACUCAUCGAGACUAACAGAACAAUGGGCUUGGACUGUGGACUUUAUCCAAGUGAGACCUGGACAGUUAACAUCUCCCAGAGACACUGACUGCACCCAAGUUGUGAAAAUAAUACUUUUCAGUGUAUUCAAGAUGGAUGCACCUUAUGGCGACUGCCUAGAGAAAUUUUACGUCUCACUUAUAUCCAUUAAAUUGCAUAUAGUGCUGUAACAUAUUUAUUUCGGUCUAUCAACUUUGCUCAUUGAAAAUGACUUUAUUCUGCAUAAAACCUUGACCUGUUUGGCUUCAUCGUCAACUUUUUUCAUUUCUUUCAAGAGGCUUUAGUACCAAUGUGAAAAAUAUUGAUGAGUUUGCAUGUGAGUUGAGAAUGCUUCAAGAACACUGUUUUGAUAGCAGAUAUGAAAUUUUACAUCCCAAGACCACAAGCAAGAGAAAGUAAUUGUACUUGAUUUGAAUGAUGUAUGGAAGGAAAAAAGUACAUGAUUUUUUAAAGUCAGGACAUGCAGGAUGAUAUGGACAGGUUUUUGAAUGUUAAGGCUGAAUUGCAAUUGCAUCAGCAAGAGCUAGUGUAUGAUGAUGGCGAGUGCUGUGCACAUCUAGUUAUAAUUUUAAAGAUUCCUUACGGUGGACAGGAUCAUUUUCAUCACUGCUAUUUGAUAAAUAAUCCAUAUGGUCUAUUUUAAGACAAAUCCAUGAAAAUCAGUUCAUGUUGUACAUCUUCCAUGAUUUUUCUGGUAAAAUUGAAACACCAUUGUUUGUCUUAACAUGUAAGAGGUGUUGCAUGCACUUAAUGGGAGACAGAAUACAUGUGUUAAGUAUUCAGCCCCUUUGACUUUUUCAUGUUUCAUACAUUAAUUCACAGCAAACACCUGUGUCAAAGUGAAAACAAAUCUCUACAGAUUGAUUAAAAUUAAGUACAAAGCAAGAGCACAUUCAUCCAAUUUAUGACAUCCAAAGUGCACAGUUUGAAUAUAAAUCACGUGUAAUAAGUGUCAGAUGAUUUUAUGAU